AUGGUGUCAUCCAAUAACGGUUUGAAUUUACCCAUUUCAAAUGAACAAUGUUUGCCCGAAAAUACUGGAUCUCUUGGGUUUGAAGCCCCCACUCCGAGACAAAUUUUAAGGGUCACAUUGAACUUGAAGUAUUUAGUUGACGAAAUCGUACCUAUUGUAUAUAAUCCCGCUGAAAUCGUUUGCGAUCAUUCUGAGAUUUUGUCACCAAAGGUUAUCAAAUUGGCUUAUAAUGCAUGCGGUGGAAACCCCGAUGACAAGGCCAACAAAAGAAAGUAUCAGUCUGUCAUCAUUUUCUCGCUUUUAAAAGUUUGUGAAUGGUACUCCAAACUGUCUACCAUGGAAGUGCAUAACGCUAAGCUUUAUGAAAUUAGGAAUUUAGCUGCACAGCAAUUAUGUAAACUGCUAAUUGAACAAGAGGAAACAAGAGAUUUGCAAUUUCUUUUUAUGCAGCUGUUAUUGCGCCGGUACGUGAUUAAUGAGAAUGACGAGGAUCAAGACCCUUUGAAUGCGUUGGAGUUGGCCACGGACAUGCAUUGUACUACAGUGAUAGGGUCGAGUGGAUUUCAACGUUGUUUAAAAUGGAUUUGGAGAGGUUGGAUUGUCCAAAAUGGAAUGGAUCCUACCACUUUUAUUAAGGACGAUUCAUUGGCUGAGAUUUCUAUAGUUUCGCACUUCAACCCAGUAAGACUAAAGGCACCAAUAUAUCAAAAUUAUCUGCAGAUGACUUUUUCGUUUUUGUUUCUGGGGCUGUAUACCUUGGUGGUAAAUGGGAAGGACUCUGAAAGGGUGCAAUCCUUUGAUUUGUGGGAAACCGUGUUUUAUAUUUUCAACACGGGUUUCAUCUUGGAUGAACUGGCUAAAGUUUAUUAUAUUGGUUAUGCUCACCUAUCAUUUUGGAACUUAUUCAAUGACGCCACAUACCUGAUUAUCACCUUGGCAAUGGGAUUCCGUGCAAUGAGUGUAACUCCCCUGAACGCCAAAUACACUUCGGAAGAUUGGGAUAAAAUUUCAUAUAGGGUACUCUCAUGCGCAGCCCCAUUCGUUUGGUCGAGAUUGUUACUAUACCUUGAAUCACAAAGGUUUAUCGGGAUCAUGUUGGUGAUUCUAAAGCACAUGAUGAAAGAAUCGAUAGUAUUCUUCUUCCUUCUGUUCUUAAUUAUGAUCGGAUUCACUCAGGGUUUCUUAGGUUUGGACUCCGCUGAUGGUAAAAGAGAUAUCACGGGCCCGAUUUUAGGUAAUUUGACUAUUACCGUUUUGGGUCUUGGAAGCUUUGAUGUUUUUGAGGAAUUCGCUCCCCCAUACGCGGCAAUAUUAUACUAUGGUUACUACUUCAUCGUUUCGGUCAUUCUUCUAAAUAUCUUGAUUGCAUUGUAUUCUACUGCAUACCAAAAGGUUAUUGAUAACGCUGAUGACGAGUACAUGGCUUUGAUGUCACAAAAGACGUUGAGGUAUAUCAGGGCACCUGAUGAAGACGUUUAUGUCUCUCCUUUAAAUUUGAUUGAACUGCUUAUGAUGCCUAUAUUCCAUGUCCUUCCAUCAAAACGCGCUAAGGACUUAAGUUAUACAAUUAUGACAAUAGUGUAUAGUCCAUUUUUGUUGUUUAUUUCCAUAAAGGAAACUCGUGAGGCUAGAAGAAUAAAGUAUAAUAGAAUGAAAAGGCUAAACGAUGAUGCUAAUGAAUAUGAUACCCCAUGGGAUUUAACGGAUGGUUAUUUGGACGAUGAUGACGGUCUGUUCUCUGAUAAUCAAAAUUCAGGUAUGAGGGCUACUCAAUUGAAAAAUUCACGUUCAUUAAAAUUGCAACGGACGGCAGAACAAGAGGAUGCCCAUUUCAAAGUCCCUAAAAAAUGGUACAAAAACGUUAAAAAGUGCAGUCCUUCCUUCGAGGAGUAUGAGAACGAUGACACUGACGCAGAAGACGAUGAUGACAAAAGUAAAGAUGACGUCAAAGAACUUACUGAAAAAGUGGAAAAUCUCACAGCUAUGAUUACUGACUUACUUCAAAAAUUGGAUUUAAAGGAUAAAAAAGAAUAA